CAGCCAGGCUCUGAGGACCGGUCACCGUGGCGGCUGCCCCCCGCAGCGGGGCUGAGAGGACGGCCCCGACGAGCCAGGCAAUCCGGACCGGAGGGGUCGCGGCUCAGGCGCCCAGCCCGCCGGGCGUCGCUCCCGCCCCUUCGCGGCGCCCGCCCGCGGGAUUCGCAGCGGGAGCGACCGCAGGGAGAUCGCCGACGCCGCGGCAGGGAUGGACGCCAGCGGUUUAGCUAUCAGCCCUGCAGGACUUUGGAGAAAAGUGUAAACACAGGGCUGAAGGGCGUGCCCUGGGAGGAGACGGAACCUGCGCGGUCUUGGGGGCAGUCUGCUGAGUUCAAAGGAGUCUUGCUUUUCUCCUUUCUGCACCCACUCUUCAUCGUCUGGGCAGCUCCUCCGCACGUGAAGAGGGGCAACGAAUAGACCUCACUGAGGAUGUCUGAAAACCUCGACAAGUCCCACAGAAACAAAGCAGGAGAGUCGAAGCCGAGUGACUCUGAGCAAGGCCUGGGAGGUGCUCUGGAACGUUCUGAUGAAGCCUUGCAGAAAGAAGUAAAGUCGGACGCACCUAGUCCCCAGAGAGUGGGAAGACCUCACUCAAGUCCUCCUCGGCUUGUCACUGUAGAGGAGCUUCUAGAAACAGCGAAAGGAGUCACCAACAUGGCUCUAGCCCAUGAAAUUGUGGUAAAUGGAGACUUCCGGAUUAACGCUGUUGAAUUAGCAGAAGGCAGCUUGGAGAAGAGAGUAAAGGAGAUUGUACAUAAAGCUUUCUGGGAUUGCCUGAGUGUCCAGCUAAGUGAAGACCCCCCAACAUAUGACCAUGCCAUCAAACUUGUAGGAGAGAUCAAAGAGACUCUGCUGUCUUUCCUGCUGCCUGGUCACACUAGACUAAGAAACCAGAUAACCGAGGUCUUGGAUCUGGAACUGAUAAAACAGGAAGCAGAGAAUGGGGCCCUAGACAUUUCCAAGCUGGCGGAAUUCAUUAUUGGCAUGAUGGGGACAUUGUGUGCACCUGCUCGAGAUGAGGAAGUUAAGAAACUAAAAGACAUUAAGGAAAUAGUGCCUCUUUUCAGGGCAAUCUUUUCUGUGUUGGACCUAAUGAAAGUAGACAUGGCCAACUUUGCUAUCACUAGCAUUAGGCCGCACCUCAUGCAGCAGUCUGUUGAGUAUGAGAGGAGGAAGUUUCAGGAGGUCUUGGAGAAGCAGCCGAACUCCCUGGACUUUGUCACCCAGUGGCUGGAGGAGGCCUCAAAUGACCUUUUGACUCAGAAGUACAAACAUGCCCUGCCGGCUGGGGGAGGGGCUGCUGGCUCAGGGGAUGCUCCAGUGCUGACCCCUGUUUCUGUCCAGAAUUAUGCCUACCUGAAGCUGCUGAAAUGGGACCACUUCCGGAGACCUUUCCCCGAGACCCUUUUGAUGGACCAGUCUCGUUUCCAAGAGCUCCAACUGCAGCUGGAGCAGCUGGCCGUCCUGGGAGCCGUGCUGCUCGUCACAUUCAGCACCGCUGCACCUGGAAUCUCGGGCCACGCUGACUUUGCUGAGAAACUCAAGAUGACGGUGAAGAUUCUGCUAAUGGACAUGCAUCUGCCUUCCUUCCAUCUGGAGGAUGCUCUGACGUCCAUUGGGGAGAAAGUGUGCCUGGAGGUGAGAAGCUGCCUCUCCCUAUGUGGAUCCUCCCCAUUCUCCACCAAUAAGGAGACUGUGCUCAAGGGCCAGGUUCAGGCCCUGGCCAGUCCUGACGACCCCAUUCGCAGGAUCGUGGAGUCCCGAAUUUUGACCUUCUUGGAGACCUACCUUGCCUCUGGUCAUCAGAAACUACUGCCUACGGUGCCAGGGGGCUUGGGUCCCAUUCAGAAAGAGCUGGAAGAAAUUGCAGUGAAAUUUGUGCGCCUGGUCAACUAUAACAAGAUGGUGUUCUGUCCUUACUAUGACACAAUCCUCAGUAAGCUCCUUCUCCGCCCCUGAGGCGCACGGCUGCCGCAGCACCUGCUCAUCCUCAGAAGCCCGCUGUCGCAGUGCCCUGCUGUGGAGAAUGGCAUGGGGUUCGCUCCUGUUUAACGGCACUGGUUCCAGGGGAAGACUCGCCUGUCGCUGAAGGACUCACGGAAGGGCGCACUGAGCGCUCUGUUCUGGGGGCUGUAUUUACGAGUGCAAGUUUACAAACUCAAGAAGCUUUUGUUCUCUGGAGUUUAUAGGUGGCGUCUAGCUUAUAUCAGUUGACUGCCACUGUCUCUGCUUCUGCUGCAGCGGCUUGGAGGAGUCAGUUCUCCAAGGAGCCUGGGACCCUUCUUGUGGGUCAUUCCUUCUCAAAUACCCCAGGCUGGCACGUAAGCCAUGACUUGUUCCCUUGCCCCCCUUACAGCAUUCCUCCCGGUAUUCUUCCCCGGGACCGGUUUAGGGUUUUUUCCUUCUUUUUUCAAGACAGAGUUUCUCCAUGUAGCCCUAGCUGUGGAACUAGCUCUGUAGUCCCGGCUGGCCUAAACUCACAGAGAUCUGCCUGCCUCUGCCUCUGCCUGCCUCCCCAGUGCUGGCAUUAAAGGUGUGCACCACUAACGCCUGCCCCCUGUUGAUGUCUCAUGACCAGGCUCUCUAUAGCCUUACAGUGUCCUGUUCCGCUCCUUCCCCACCUCCAUCCGUUUAUUGCUUCUUAGGUCCGGCCUAGCUGGUGCUCUGAGCCCUUUUGUUCUUCAGCAGAGUUACUUGAUAAUAUAUUUUGUCUAAUUUUUUAUUAUUAUUGUUUUUGAAACAGCCUCUCUCUCUCUCUCUCUCUCUCUCUCUCUCUCUCUCUCUCUUCCUCUCUCUCUCCCUCUCUCUCUCUCCCUCUCUCUCUCUCUCUCUCUCCCUCUCUCUCUGGCCUGGAACUUGCUAUGUAGAACAAGCUGACUCCAGACUUGUAUGAGUCCUGCCUCUACUUCACACAUGCCAGGAUUAGAGGCCUUUGCCUCCACACCCUUUGGAUAGAACCUGAUUUUGAAAAGCUUGUUCUGUUGGUUGGGAUGUAGUGCGGUGGUUAGUGAUUGUCUAGUAUGCACAAGGCCCUGGGAUCCAUCCCUUGCAUCUAAACAAUGAAAGAUACACACACUAGGCAUUGAGAAGCCAUAAACCCCUGUAGCUUCCUUCAGUUACUUGAAAGGUAGGAAGACUGUUUUUGCCCAAGAAUUAAGCAGCCUGGGUAAUAAAGAGUCCAUCUUUUUGUUUUGUUUUGUUUUUUGUUUUUGGUUUUGGUUUUUUGAGACAGGGUUUCUCUGUAGCUUUGGAGCCUGUCCUGGAACUAGCUCUUGUAGACCAGGCUAGCUUCGAACUCACAGAGAUCCGCCUGUCUCUGCCUCCUGAGUGCUGGGAUUAAAGGCGUGCACCACCACUGCCCAGCUUUGUUUUUUUUGAAAAUAGUUUUUAUAAAGUGUGCGGCACUAUAUAAAUGAGAACUAUUAUCUCAAAGACAACGCUCCUCUAGCUUCCUCAUCAUAUUGUGCUGGGAUUAAAGGCGUGUACCACCACCGCUCAGCUUAAAGAGUUCAUCUUAAAAGAACAAGGAUAGGGUCGGGCAGUGGUGGCUCAUUCAUGCCUUUAAUCCCAGCUCUUGGGAGGCAGAGGCAGGUGGAUUUCUGUGAGUUCAAGGCCAGCCUGGUCUGUAGUGUGAGUUCCAGGACAGGUUCCCAAAAUACAGAGAAACCCUGUCUUGAAAAAUAAAACAAAAUAAAAAACAAACACAACAACAAAGAGAACAAAGACAGAAAUACUGUCCCUUUGUCCCUGCUACAGAAGUGCUCCUGAGUCAGAAUGGCUGCAGCUGAGGCUUAUGGAGCCAGGCGUGGUGACAUGUGCCUGUAAUCUUAGCUCUAGGGAGGCCGGGCCAACAGAACUGCAAACUGAAGGCUAACCUGUACUGCAUAGGAAAAGCAUUCAAAAGCAAGACUUGCUGGAUGGUGGUGGCACAUGCCUUUAGUCCCAGCACUCAGGAAGCAGAGGCAGGUGAAUAUCUGUGAAUUCGAGCCAUCCUGGUCUACAGAGUGAGUUCCAGGACUGAGAAACCCUGUCCAAAAAAAAACACUGAAAAGAUAGAUGUAUAUAGUUUAGUAUAACAGGAAAGAGAAUAACUGAAUAAUCCACUGUAAUAAUCCAGAUGAGCUGACAGGAUUCUAAUCAGAAAUUAGGUUUAAGUGUUCCAGGUAAAAUAGCCCAACCUCACUAAUCUGGGAAAGAAAGACAAAAAGACAAGUCCCUAGUAUUUGAGCAGAAUUUAAGGAAUUUGAGUGGCCAGAAUUCCUAACACACCAUGUGACUAUGAGAAUGCUUUGGAUGUGGUUCAGAUGAUCUGUUUAAAAAAAAAAAUAAAUAAAAGCCAGGCGGUGAUGGCAAACGCCUUUAAUCCCAGCACUUGGGAGGCAGAGCCAUGUGGAACGCCAGGUUUGGGGCCAGCCUGGUCUACAGAGCAAGUUCCAGGACAGCCAGGGUUAAACAGAAACCCUAUCUUUGAAAAGCCGAAUCUCCCGCCAGACUCCCUGGACAUUGAUGCUGACACUCCCCGCUGAUGACAGGAUACAGAGUGCACAGUGACCCUGGCCGGGGAGCGCACCUAAUACCCAACACUUCAAGGCUGAGGCCAAGGCUAGCCUGGGUUACAUCGCAAGACCCCACCUGGAAAAGAAGAAGAAAGAAUGGCUGAAUUGAGGAUGAUUUCUUCAAAGAUGUGCGACAAAUGACUCUAAUGCUGGUUUGUUUCCAGGUGAAAUAAUGUGCAGGGCGAGGGGAGCCUUUAAUCCAGAGGCAGAGGGACUCCGCGAGUUCAAGGCCAGGCUGCUCUACGCAGUGACUUUCCAGCCCGUCGAGGGAAGCAUAGUGAGACCCUGUCCUAAAAACAAAUAAAGUAUGCUAUGUUAUGUGCUCAGAUUGUUGUCCUUACUUCUGAUACAGGGUUUCUCUAUGUGGCCCUGGCUGCCCUAGAACUCCCUCUGUAGACCAGGCUAGCCUUGAACUCAGAAAUUUCCCUCUCUCUGCCUUGAGGCACGUGCCAGCACACCUGGCUAGAAAGUGAUUUAAGUUUAGCCAGAAGUGUAUGCAAACAUCUGAAAUACCAGAACCUUAGAGAGACUGGGGAAUGAGGAUUAGGAGUCCAAGGUCCAGCAUUGGCUAUCAGUUUUAAAGCAAAAAGCCACAGAAACAAGGGGAGAAUCUAGGGGGUGUUCUUUAACUAUUAUGAUUGGCUUAUUCAAAGGGCUAUUACCAAUAAUUGGCUGGAGAGUGGUUGCCAGAUCAGGUGAGGUAAGAGGAAACAUUUGAGGGUUACUUUCACCCUUUCCCAGGGACUGAGUCUGUGGGCAUCUGUGGGCAUCUGUGGGCUAUCUUGUCCCUAUUCCAGGAACGGAACUCUAUUUGGAGAACACUCACAAGGACUCAGGGAGAUGGAAAGUUCCCAACAUUUCAGUACGUGCAUGUAUAGUUGUUAGGUCCUUGGUCCUGAGGGGAGGGGGGCACUAAGGCUGAGAGGCCUCAGAGUUGUCUUAAAGUUCUACAAAUCUCCCUUACCCUAUGCCCUCCUUACCCAACCCCAAGACGACAGGACACGAACUCCCCUGACCACAGCAUUUCCCCUUUAAAAGUCCUCCCUCCAGGACUCCCUGCCACACUCUCUGCACCUGCCAGCUGGGGUGCUGGAGAGAUGUUGGUCCAAACUUGAAUAUUAUUAAAAACCCUCUUGUAAUUUGCACUGGAAAUCCAGCUCUGUGAAUUUAUUUGGGGAUCAGAAACUUGGACAUAACAACACCAUCUGCAAUUCCUGUUCCAAGAGACCUGGCACCCUUUUCUGACUUCUGUGGGU